GAGAUUGCAGCACCAAUGACAGACUAGAAUAAAACUUGCACCAUCUGCUUCGAAUUACGAGAUCAGCUGAAGAUUGUUGGGACACGUACGCACCAUUUCUGCACCUCUUGCCUAUCAAGUCAUUUUGAACGACAGCGCCAGCGUGGAGACGCCUUAUCCUGCCCGACUUGUCACACUGAAUGCUUCCUUACCAGUUGCGAUGGGGAUCAACUGACUGACUUUUCAGGAGAUGUGGAGCCCAAUGACGUAAGAAUGGCUGACCCAAAGCCUGACGAUUUUCAGGAGUGUGGAGCAGUUGGUGGUGAGCGCCCGAAAACAGAUUUUGGUCGCGGUGUUUUCGAAGUGAACUGUCAGAUUUCUCAUCACAGAGGGCAGGAGGUUCAAGCAGCAAACCACUGCCCUGAUUGUGACCACCUGUACAUUUGUGAGGCAUGCACUGAGGCACAUGCAAGGAAAAAAGCCAAGAAAGCUCACGUCGUGGUACCAUUGAACACAAAGUACUCUGUGAGGCCUAAUGAAGAGAUUUGUGCCAAACACGGAUCACCCUUGACAAGCUACUGCUGCACAUGUAAAGAACCAGCAUGUAAGAUAUGUGUACAACUUGAACACGGUGACCAUGAGGUACGGCAUUUGAGGGACCUCAUUCAGGCCAAGGUUGAGGAGGUCAAAGUCAUCUCAUGCAAACAAGAGGAGGAAUUGAAGCAAAUGAAAGUACUCAGGGAUGAGUUGAUUGCUUUGAGAUCAGCAGCAACACCCCACAAGCAGGAUAUCCUGAUAAAAGAAAUUGAGGACCACACUGAGAAGUGUAAAGAGACAUUGAUAAAAAAGAAAGAGGAGUUGAAAGCGGAAGUCGUCAAGAAGUUUGGAGCCCUAAAUGAAGUAGCCGCUGACCUUGAUGAAGGAGUGCAGGUAGUGGGAAGAAGAAUCGAGAAAUUGAACUCGUCACUUGAACGAGCCAGCAAACUUCUUUCCGAGACAAAACAGGGCCAGACUUCGUACCUUGAUAAACUAAUGUCCUUGCACUGUGACUUGGGCUCGAUUGCUACAACAUGCAAUGUGGCAGAUGGGGAAAAGUUCCAUGAUCGCAUCUACAAGCUACACGAGACAACAACCAGAUUUAUUCCUGAAGAACCAUCAACCCUUGGAAGCCUAGAAGAAGUUCUCAGUGGAUACCAGUCCGCACUUCAACUGAUAGCAAAACACACAUUGGAGACAGACUCCAAAGACAAGUUCAUCCCUUGCCUAGCAAACCUUGGGGAUAAGUUUGCUGUUGCUCAUCCAACACUGAAAGGAAAACCCUCAGAUGCAAUCGACAUUUACGAAUUCCCCAAAUCGUUGAAACUGAGUCUGACAGGCAACGUUGGCCCUGUGCACGAUAUGACAUCAACGAGAAAUGGUCAACUUGCUGUUCUAUCUGACGGCAGCACUGGCACCUCAAGCUGCAGUGUCAAAGUAUUCGAUCCCAACACCGGCAAGAAUAUUGUCACCCAUAAUCUUGAUAUAGCCGAGCCAGUGUCCCUUGGGGUGAACUGUCGAAGCCAGUAUGUCAUCCUCAGUGGCAAGCAACAGGGACGGGCAAUGAUAACGGUUGUCAAUGAUGAUGGCAGUGUUGAACGUGAACAGGUGAUAGAAUCGCCCGGCUUGUCAAACAUGAAGCCUGGUCAGAUAACAUGUGGGUGGAGGUAUAUUUUGAUCAUGCUUCCAGGAAAAAGGGAGGUAUGGAAAUAUGAAGUGCACGGCAACAAGUUGAUUCAGAUAUCAACUAUUGAUAAUUUGGUUUUUUGGAAGAAUCAAAUGGGUAUUUCAGCAUCAGUAUUGGAUGAUCUCUUCCUUGCUGAACAAGACGUAAACCACAACUACAUGAACAGAUUUAUCCAGAACUAUCACAGGUCACGCUGGGAUCAUAAAUACACACAAGUUACCUUUGGAAAAUCACUAACUAACGAAUACAGAAUCUCAGUGAGAGGCAGCACCAUUAUCAUGUCAUGGGACCAAACAUUUGCAGUUCUUCAAAUUUAAGAAUUAUCAUACAUGUACCAUUAUCAGUAAGUUACCAAAAUGACUUUGCCGUUGCAUGUCCAUGACAUGUAACAGGCAUAUUUGACAUAUACAGUAGAACCUCCCUAAGCGGACACCUCUCUAUCAAGGACAACCUCUCUAUUAAAGACACUUGUUUUGGUCCCAAAUUGGUUGUUUCCAUUCAAUUUGACCUCUCUAAUCAGGACACCUCUCUAUCAAGGACAGUUAUUGACAAAGUUUAGCGGAGCAUGGUGGUGUGGUGGUAGAAAGAUGAAGUUAUAAUGGGAUGGCCACGGGCAUGAUACAUGAUA